AUUUGUUAUGUGUCUCAUCAAUGUGUGUCUGUAGAUGGAAGGAUAAAGUUUGAACAAUGUGUCAAGUUGUAUUUUAAACAAACUUGAAAUUGAACUAAUUCCAACAUUUUGCCCAUCAAACUGGUCUGGGCUUAUUUCAAGGCUGCAUUAUUUUAUUUGAUGGUAUAAACGAAUAUAUAAAUAGAGAUGAACUUUAUUUCAUUUUAAAUCUUAGAAACCAAGGACGACAGGAUGAAAAAAGCAUUUCAAUCUUCACAUAGUUCGUAAAUUGAAAUGACUAAAAAUAAAUCCAAUUGAAUUCACUUACUAAUAGUAAUCUAUCAUAAAAGUAAAUAUCACUUAAUUACUGGCUACAAUAAAUGAGGAAAUCUAGAGUAAUCUUUUUAAUAUACAAAAUUUUUUAAAAAUCAGUAUUGAGAAUUAUUUCAAUUGAUUACAUUCAACAUUUUAUUGGUAUUAUUUUAUUGAAAAUAAUAAUUUGUUUUAAAGAAACAAAUGCCAUUAUACACAAUUGUACAUAAUUCAAAAGGAUUAAUUUUGCACAAUCUAACUGAAGUACAUCAUUCUGCAUGAAAAUUAUAAAUAAAAGACCAUAUGAUUAAUUCGGGUCGACAACAGGAUAAUCAGAAAAUCUAAGAAGCGUAAGAGGAAAGCAGAAUGAAUAGGCAAAGAGUUAAACUGAUUACAGAUAGUUGUUUACGAUUACAUUCCAAUCAGAAAAGAAUUAAUCAAAUGAACUGAGAUAAAAAGCGUCAAAACAAUGCUAAAUACAGAUUGGACAGAGAUAGAAGUAAUCGAAUUGAUAGUUGAUAAUGCAACACAUCUUGGAUUUGGUAUGUGUGGAAGUAAGAGCACCGGUGUAAUCGUUAGAUGCAUUACACCUGGUGGAGCAGCUGAACUGGACGGUCGUCUUCGACUUGGUGACCAUAUUGUCUGCAUUCAUGAUCAUAAUGUUCGAAGUUAUGGACCAGAUCAAGUGGCUACAGUUCUACGCCAAACUAUAUCAAAUUGUCUAUCUGAAGUUGUAUUAAAACAAGAUUCUUUGCAGACGGAUGAAACAUCCACAAAAACUAUGAAUAAAAAAUCUUCGCUUAUCAGAACACAGCCAUUAACAAACAGAACUUCAUCAACUUUUACUAAUACUAUUAAUAUACGAUCGGAAAAAUAUACUUUAUCCCCAAGCCAAAUAGAUUCAAAUCAAAUUGAGUCUGAUGAAAUUCACGAGAUCAAUCAAAAAUUAAUGAGCGACCCAAUAGUUUUAAUUCGAAUGAUUGUAGCUCGUCCAGCUAAUGGUAAUCCUGUUGAUUUGAAUGAUAUCAGUUUAAAACAACAAGCUGUUUGUCAUCAACAUGGUGUUCUUGGAAUGCUGACGAUUAUACCAACACAUCAAAUAGAUCAAUAUAUAGAUGUAUUACUACACAAGAAACUUCCACUUGUUGAUUUGUACAGUCUAUACAAAACAGAUCUAUUGAACAUCGAAAACAAUACUAAUAUUUAUAAAAAAAUAAAUUCAAAUGAGGUUGACUGUUCUGAAUUAUCAAAGCCAAUCGACUAUAAUGGAAGUGAGCUGAUAGAAAUGAAUAAAAUGAUUGAAUCUUCUCCAACUUCAUCGAGACAACAAGAACAAUAUGAUCUUGAUUUUCAGCAGUUUCGAGAGAUGAAACCGUGCUCGACACUUCAGGUUAUAAAAAGUCCUCGAAAUUGCUCAGAAUCAGAUAGUGAAGAGGUUCACAAUAAUCUACCAAGUCGAGUUAUUGAAAAUGAUCGCUUAGAUAAUAAAUAUAAUGAAAAUUUAAAAAUCGAUUGCAACACAAUAUUGAAUUAUCAAAACUACUCCACUGAUCAUCCUAUCUCAUCUUCUUUCAAUGAAUAUGUUCUUGAGAAUAUAAGUCAACAAGGCUUAUCAAUUCAUGUUAAUAAUGAACAAGAAAAUGGCGAUGAAGAGGCAGAAGAAACUGAAAUUCACACUGUACAAUUAACAAAAUCAAAGGAUCAAGGCUUAGGUCUAAGUGUAGUUGGAUAUAUUUAUAAAAAUCCAUAUAAUAAAAAUGCAUACAAUAAAGGAAUUUUUGUACAAAAGAUCACUCCCAACAGUAUAUCGGAUAAAUCAAAAUCAAUUCAAGUAAAUGAUCAAAUAAUCCAAGUAAAUGAAAUAUCUCUAAGUGGUCUAGAUAACAUAAAGGCCAUUUCAGUUUUGAAGAAGUCUGAUGCAAGUAUCACACUAAAAUUGAAACGCUACCUUUGUGGUUUCCUUUGUAAAGAACUAAAAAAAGCGGGUUCUUUCCAAAUAAGCAAUAAUGAACCACAAAAUCGAUUGGUAAAUCAUGAUGAAAUUUCAGACUCUGAUCUAAAUUCAGAUCAACCAUACUCAGUAGACAAUAAUGUAUUGAAGUAUAAUGUAAUCAACAGUGAAGCGAGUGAUUCAUCAAAUCAAUCAGCGGUUAGUAUAUUGUAUCAACACGAGAAUUAUCCAUUAAAUAAUACUAAUUUUGACCAAUCAAAUACAUUACACAUGGAAUUAACAGAAGGAUUCAUCGAUUCAUCAUGUACGUGUUUACAUGGUUAUGAAAGUAUAUUUUCAGAAGAAAAGGAAUUUAAGGAAAUGGUGUCACCACUGGCGAAUAAUAAAAAUAAUCAUGAUCAAUUAAGUCCAGUGGCUUUUUCUGACCAAUUAUUAAUUAAUAAAAAUUGUAAAUUAUUAAACCCAGCAAAUGUUAACUUAGUUGAUAACAUAGAAUCAUUUGAACAACAAACACCCGUAACAAUGAUGGCAACCACAAUAAUAAAUAAACAGGAAUAUCAAGAUGUGAGUAUCGAUCAAAAAGGUGAAGAAUUCACCAAACGUAUCUGUGGUGUUGGAAAUAAUAGGAUGUUGGUAAUCAGUAGGUUCACGCCUAAUUUUGGCAUUGAAACUACAUCUAAACCGGAAACGAGCAAAAAUACAACAUCUAGAAAUAUCAGUGAUGCUUUGAUUCAGAUCAAUAAUAAUAAUAAUACAGCCAUCGGAUCUAAAGAAAUAAUUGAUCAAAAUCGUCUUGGGAAAACGGAUCACAUCAAUUCAUCAAAUGAGGAACAAAUUAAAAUAAGUUAUAUCUUACAACUAACCAAAACGCGCAGACAACCCUGAGCAACCAACACACUGCAAGUACGAGGAAGACUGGUACACUAUUCCUGAAGGUCAACUCAAUACUAACUAGGCCAGAACGAGGAGCAUGAAUACGUGACCAGAGUUCACCAGUCCAAGAUCGUUAGUAUAUUUCAGAUAUUCAUUUAAUUACACACAAGAUCAGGUCUCAGAACAAACCAAUUAAAUAACAAUACUGACACGGAACAACAACAAUAAUCAUGGGAUAAUGGAAUACUGGAAACACAAAUAAUCAGUUCUAGGUUAUGAGUGGAAAAUGCUAUAGCAAUAAUUCACCGUUCAAAUAAAAGCUUAGGUUUAAAAUGACAAGAAAACAAUAAAGCCAA